CAUUAAUACCAAAGGGAAAGUAGCUGAGUGUCGUAAGAAUACUUCAAGUCCGUUGCCAGUUAUUGCAAGUUCGUCAGUCAUUAAGUGAACAGCGUUACGGUCGGAACAAUAAUUCAAUGAUAAUUGUUAUUUAAUUCGUAACAAUAAAAUAUAUUCUAACAAUUUUCAUAAUGUUAAAUGUAUAAAUGUGCAGAUAUAAAAAUUUUACCGUCGAUUUAAAAAAAAUUUCAAUAAAAGAAAGUAAAUCGAUAUUGUAACUCCAAAGAUCGUAAAAAUUAAAACGUAUUUAAUUAACGAAACAAACCGUUGUUUUACAAUACAACAGCAUUAACAUUUCAAACAGUCACGUUGAGAACUUUAUCGAAUGGGUGCUUUCUCAAAUAGAAUGCUACUUUUAUGGAUUUUUGAGUUUCUCCUUCUAUGUCUUCCUACGUCAAACUGUUAUCCUAUAGAAGAACCAACGAAAUUCCUCCUCAGCACUGAGGGACUGAACGUAGAAAACAUUCAAAAACCAUCGAAAUUGGAGCAAGCCCAAACCAUCGCAGCAAAAAACAUCGCCUCGGUGAUCACAGCAAAGUCCGAGCUCUUGGAUCAAGGACGUAAAUCUUUGGAAUCCUUUCGAUAUCCUUCUGAUAUUUUUACCAAUACUCCAAAGAUUCGCGAAACUGUUCACCUAGAAAACGAAUCCGAACAAUCGCUCACGGAAAAAACGAUUUCAUUGCCAUUCAAUGAUUUACUCGUGAAUUUCUUCAUGCCAACUUCUUUGCUAGAUCGAAUAAAAGAAGAAGAGAAAUAUGGUAACACGGGAAAUAAUCUUGCCGGUAUUGGAAAAGCUUUAAUUAACGGCUAUGAAAAUUUCAGUAAUUUUUUAAAUUCCGCAUUGAGCUCGACACAAAAUUUUAAGAAGGCAGUGGGAGAAAAUAUAAGUGAAACAUUAGAUCAGAUCGGAGGAAAGCUUAUUGGACUUCAAUGAAUUAAAUAACUAUCAAACAGUUGUUAUUUUUUGUUGGGUUUAAAAAAAAAAGAUGCCAUCGAACAAAAUAUUCGUAUAAAGUUACUGUUUAUUAUUAAAUAAACAAUAAAAAAAACAACAUUUUUGGCGUGACUAAAGGAAGUUUGGAGAGAAUAACGAUAAGAAGCUGGAAUAUUUCCUAAUCGUCCUUCGAGUCUCGUACAUGACUAUUUCUCUAGAAUAUUAUCGCAAGCUCGUAGGAAUGUAUAUGUUCGUACAUAUAUAUAAAAAAAUACAUAUAUAUAAGACAUUUUUAUAUUCGCUAAGCAAACUAUGAGAGUUAGGUAAUUAUAAUGAUAUAAAUAAAUACAAUUCCAGGCAUCAUUCUCUAAGAGAAUUAAAGCUAAACGAUUCUAGUUCCUAAUCCGAAAGAGCUUCGAUCAAAAGAAAAUGUACGUACAUACAUAUA